AUGGCAGCUCCACCGACCAAGAAGCGGCGCCAUCGCUUCCAAAAGGUUGCAGAGCGUGUGUGUAACCUACAGCAUGAGCUCACACUGCACGCAAAGAUGACAGGGGCGACUGAUGAGGCAUCACAGCUCUCGUUUAAGGAGGAACUUGAUCUUCAGGCAGAGCUCACGACAAUCGAGAGCUUCCAGCUCUUGUUUCGUUCGUUGCAGCCACUGGUGAUCACUACUCCACAGCUGCUUCAUCACCUACAGAGUAUAGUUAAGAGGCUACAGAAAGAGAUGAAUGAGGCGCGUGAUAACGCGCAGGAUCCUGUUGUGCAGCGACAGCGGUUGGUUCCUGUGCUCAAGCUUGUUACGGCGCUGGCACGAGAGCUUGGAAAAGAAUUUUACCCACAUUUUGCUGAUACUUUACCAAUGAUAGUAGCAGUGAUCGACACAAAGGACCCAGAGCUCAGUACGCAGGUAUUCAAGACGCUUACAAUGCUAUUUAGUUACCUAAGAGCUCAAGUACUUGCCGAUAUGGAUGCAGUGCACAAGUGCUACUUUCCAUUACUUGGACAUCCUCGAGAAUUUGUUCGUAACUUUGCGGCACAGACAUUAGCUGUGCUAUUGCGACGCCUGGAGUCGCCCAAAGCGUUGAAAAAGUAUCUUCGCACAUAUUUAACAGCGUUGAUGAAAGGGUCUGGAUGCAGCAAUGAAAUUUUACGAAAUGGAUCAGCCAAAUUGUUAUUUGCGCUGAUGAAAAAUGUAAAAAAUGGCUUCCACUCACGAAUGCGCGACGUGUUUUUUUUCCUGCUCAGAUCGUUUCGCCCUCAAGAGGAGACGAUGAAGUAUUUUGAACAGCAAGAAGCUUUGUUUGAAAUUGUGUACCAGACUUUUGGACUUAUGCUACAACAUACGGAUGCAGACCAUUCUGGAGAGAUAUUGGAAUGUUUAGUGUCGGUGUGUACCAAGGAAAUUAAUUGUCGUCAUGAAACCGACUUGACUCCAACAGAAGCAGAUGAUUUGUACAUAAGUCGAAUACUUCGUAUUUUGCUUGACUUUAUGAUCUCGCGAACGGGCAAGCUGAUCACUGGAGCAAGUGAUGCUUAUGAUGUACGCGUGCCAAGCGUGCAUAAGGUUUGCGAUACGUUGAUCGCCCCUGAAAAUAAGAUUUUGGCCUCUCAGUGCUCUACAUUGAGCGAUGUGCAUUUACAAAUUUUUGAAGUGAUAUGGCGGCUGUUUCCUCCGAAUGAUGAUGUAUUAUUUGCUCAGAUAGAAGCCAUUUUUGCAGCUUCGAAUGACAACGAAAAGCAAGCAUAUUGGCGUCCUAAGUUAUUGGAGUUUGUAAUCCGGCAGUUGCACAACACCAACAUUGAUGUGCGAUUUAUAAUCAAGUAUUUGCUACAUAGUACGCUGAAAUACGCCCUUAAGAUUCUUGAAGGAACCGAAGUGACUGCAUUUUGCUCCCUGGUGUGCGAAUUGGGUGCAUACAUUGCAAAAAACGCAGGAGACAUUUGUGAGGGUCAGAACAAAAACAUUGUACGAUCAAAGACCGCAAAUUGCGUCUGGCUGCUUUCCUUCGAUCCGAUUGAUGUAUAUGCGGAGGAUAUACUAUUUGACGCUGGUCGAAAAUUAUUCAGAGACAGCAGUGAAACGCAGGAUACAGAAAGCUUGGCUGUGUGCUGGAAAUUUUGUAAGGCGUUGCAGUUCAUACGGACAAAUGAAGAAAAACUUGUUGCUUUUGCGACUCUGAUUAUUCAAAAGCUCGAUGAAAUUUUGAAAAUCGGAUUUUCUGUUCACAUUGUAACUCUGCGAGCUGAGCUGUGGAAACUGCAACAAAUUGCUCAGCAUCAGGCGAGUAAAAAUUCAGUCAUGACAUCUUCGUAUGCAAAGCAGGCCCUGCAAGAAAAUGGAUGUUCAUUCACGACCUUCUCAACUCUGUUAACGCUUGCUGAAAUGACUCAGGAAGGGGAACAGUAUGAAGAAUUGACAAUCGAUGCGCUGAUUUGUGAAGCAGACUCUUUUUUUGCUACGCUACGGUCACCUGCCCAUCAGUUACGUCUAGUAACGUUGCAGUUGCUCGCAAAGUUCAAGCGCCUGGAUUUUCUUGACUCUGGCAAGGAAGGUCUGAGCGGCCCAUGCGACUUACUAGAAACCUGUGUAAGCCUUGAGCUCUCCUGCGGAAGCAUUUCAGUGGCUACUGAACGCGAAGUUAUUCGUCUACUGACGCGUGUGAAGGUCUUGUGUCGCUCGCCUCAGACCCCAAAAGCUUACAAAAAGAUUGCUAUAAACCAUUUACUCGGUCUGUAUCAUGUAAAGUUUUCCGCGAUCUGGCCGCACAUUGCUGAGGCGGUAGAGACUGCUGUUCGAUUGCAUUUUAACGAUUUCUGGCCGUAUAUCCGUGCUGAGCUUUUGAAAGCCUCUCUUCGACACGAAAAUGCCUGUGAGAAGCGAGAGUCAAGCAGCGCAAGCGAUGUAGUCAAGAAUUUUGAGUAUGCUUGUAUGCUGGAGGAAGGAAAAUCUCUCAACACUGAUGCUACAGAUGCUGCUACCCACCAUUCACUCCUUUGGAAGGGACUUGUAAAGUUUUCUGACCAGGUUGAGGCAAAGACAAAGUUUAUGGUGCCGCUCUUCCUGACGUUCUUGCGUGAUCAGUACAGCACUAUUUACACGGAUGAGCUCAAUGCUAAACGUCUUGAAGCGAUUGACCAAGCCCUGCGGAAACUUGGAGAAUUCGAAGGCAACAAUGACUCAACAUUGCUGGACUGGCACCGGCGCGUUGAGUUUCACGAUUUGACUACGAAGGAAGUGCGUGGCAAGUUUGUGGACCACUUGAAGCUGUUUGCGGCAUUUCACAAUAUGAAGGGCGCGUAUUCGCAGCAACUGCUCCACGAUCUAUUCUUUGAUUUGCUCUUAAAAUCGGAUGAAGUGGUCUCAAAGCUGGCGUUGCAGUGUUUGUACGCGUUUGGAAGUAAGGCUAUCGUCCCAUACAAGAUCCAUCUAAAUCGACUGAUCGACGUGUCUACGCUUCGUGAAGAACUUGCAAAUUUUAAGAUUGGGAAAGAUGAAAGCAUUGUUUUGCGUGAACACCGUUCAGAGCUUCUGCCGGUAUUAUUGCGAGUUUUGUACUCAAAAUGUGUCAGCAAGAAGGGUCGAAGCAAUGGCGAUACAGUGGCCGCUCGACGUGCUGCUAUUCUAGCCUACCUGGCGGCAUUAGAUGCAUCUGAGCUUGCCAGCUUUGUGGAAUUGGUGGUGCGGGCGUUCGAUAUGGCAAUUGAUGGCCCUACAAGUGCUUUGGUUGCCACUGAGGUGAGACCUGUAGUUGCAAUUUCAAUUGUGCAACCUUCACGUAUCUUGGGCUUUUUGAAUCUGCUGGAGGAUCUGUUAGUUCAACUUGGAGUUAAGCUGGCCGCAUUUGCGCCGCAUCUUGCUGAUGUCUUGCUAGCUAUUCUUCGCAUCAACAUUGUUUGUUCUGACGUUGAGGAAAUCAGUGGCUCUAAUAGCAUUGAGGGCGAAGACACGGAGCUAGCGGCCGAGUCAAAGCAAGACGAUCGGGAAGGUGUUUUAAAUAUGGAUUCGACGACGACUGUUGCCUCACUGAGGAAGCAGAUUCGUGUGUUGACUUACCGCCGGUUUGCGCAAAUGAUUGACUUGUUUGAUUCCCACGUGUGCCUUCAACCGUGGGUGGUGGCAAUGCUUGAAACAUCUCAUGACGCUAUCACACACUUACCCAGUGCGGUUCUCGGCGCGAGCAAGUCAUCUGCACUGCUAGAACUGCUUGUGACACUCGCUCGUGCUGAUCGAGCGCGUUACUGGAUUUCUAAACCGCUGAUGCUCGACAUUAUCUCCUGCCUGUCCGCGGGUUUAGCGUCUUCAAGGGCGACUUCUACGCCCACUCGCGGCAUUUCACCCAACAUCCUGGAUGCGAUCUUGCAAUUUAUGGACUCGCUUCUUGAUGGAGAUGAAGAGGUUUUGUCGAGACAAGAUCCGGCCCAGCCGAUCGCUGUCUCCCCGCAAGAGAAUCAUGUUCUUUUAAUACCCCAGAUUCCGUUUGUAUUGGAGCAGUUUGUUCAGCGUUUCCAGGCCAAGGCUGCACGGUACUCGAGCGAUCGGUAUGCAGGGUCAUCACGAAAGGAACUUAAUUUUCUCUGUCGUCUCUCUCAUUUCUUGGAAUAUGCUGAUGGAGACAUAGCAGUUGCUGCGCACGACUUAUUUCAGUUGUUGUUGCCAUUUUUAUUGCGCAACCACCAGACGUCAAUGAAGGACAAGGAAAACUUGCUGGAUGUGCUGUCGCAUAUUGUGCCCAGACUAACAGAGCCGAAGAAGCACGUGCUUGCCCUCGCGCGUUUACUGGCCCCGGGUGCAAACUGCAUAGCUAGUCGAGAUCUCCGUUUGAAGCUGGUGGCGGUAUUUACAGCGCUGGGUUCGCACGCUACUCUACCCGAGCUGGCUCCUGUGGCAAAAUUGCUGGUUGAACUCAAUGCGUAUGAUGUCAAGCGCAUCGAGGAGACUGACGUUGAGCGUCGCCUCAUUGCGCUUAACUGCUUACACUCGUCGUGCUUUGCUGAUUUUAAGAGCGAGACGCAUUUGCUGGCUCCACUUGUAGCGCAGUGUCUGCAGUCAAUGCAUGACCAAGACUUUUCAGUGCGCAGCGGCGCACUUGCUAGUCUUACGGCCUUCUUGGGACUGUCUGCAAAAAUUGCCGAACAGCAAGCGACGUGCAAAGAUAUAUCAAAGUCUCCUAUUCUUAGUGCCCUGGAGUCGUUGGUGAUGCCUUGUGUGCGCGCAAGUCUCCGCUCGUCCGACGAGAAUAUUCGACGUGGAUUUGUGACGCUAUUGGGAUCGGUAGCGGACCACUGUGAGGCCUUUCAGCCGUUUGCCUUUAUUCCAACAGAUUUGUGUUUGGUGCGCAACCAAAAGGACCCUGAAGCCGACUUUUUUUACAACAUUACACAUAUUCAGGUUCAUCGCCGACGUCGUGCUCUCCAGCGUCUAAGCGGUGUCAUGGGCUUGAUGGCAACAACUAAGGACUCUGCUAACGUGGUAAAGAGUGAAGAUUCCCAGUCGUUUACAAACUCAACAGUAAAUGGUGUAAUUUUACCACUCGUACUACACUUUGUUUACGAAACACACGUCAAAAGCCAGGAGUCCUUGCGUGCUGAAGCUGCCGCAUGCAUUGGAAGCGCAGCUGGACUUUUGGGCUGGUCGCAUUAUCUUUCACUUUUGCAUCGGUUGCUGAAGUCGAUAAAUGGUCAUGCUGAGAUGGAAGGGGCGAUCAUCAUGGCAAUCUGCGCUGUGAUCGAUCAUUUCCACUUCGAUUCUUCGAGUGCUGCAAUCCAGAGUCAAUCGUCAGCGCUUGACAACACAAUUCAAGCUGAUACUAGAGAUAUCACAGUCAACAUCGGCAAUGAUGUAGAAGAAGAAAAUAUUUACAAGGUACAAGACAAGAUGGAGAUGCAGGUUCUUCCGAUGCUCUAUUCAUAUUUAUUUAAGAAAGUGAUUUUGAAAAAGCGACUAAAUAGGGAAAACAAUGAAGAAUCGACCUCUAUUUCGGAAGAAGCGUUUUCAGUGCGGGUUCCGCUGGCCCUCGCAAUCGUAAAGGUAUUACGUCGACUGCGUGUGGAAACAUUUCAGCGUGAGCUGCCCAAGUUGCUACUAAAGGUUGCAAAUUUGCUCAAAAGUAAAAAUGAAGCUGUACGUGUCUCGGCCCGCACGACGCUUAUUCGAAUUGCGUUGGAACUUGGUUCGGACUUUCUGCAGCCGAUUAUAGAAGAACUUCGUCACACGCUGCGCGAUGGUUAUAUGGUUCAUGUGCUUUCAUUUACCGUGCAUGCGCUACUGGAAAAUUUACCAGAAAUUAUGAAGUCAGACGGAAAGGCCUACGCACUUCGAAAACCUCAAUCGUUACUGUUAACUCAAUCCAGAGAUCAAGAGGCUGAAUAUGAGGCGGAGUUUGCUUCGCCACUCGAUGCUUGUGUGCCUAGUGUGAUGGAAAUUCUAGUUGCAGAGUUGUUUCAGGGCAUUACAUCGAUUGGCGAAGCUGCUGAAGCUACUACUGACUGCAUGAAACGUGGGCCUGCUCAAAAAUCCAAGAUGAAAGAGGCACGCGCCAGUGGCGGUCGUAGUUUGGACUCAAUUGAGCUGCUGGCUAGAUCCCUUCCCUUCUUACCCAAUCCAGGCAUUCACGAAGUCAUUGGUGCAAUUCUAAAGCGCUUUCAGGCGACAGACGGUGGGGCUCAGGCCACAGCUGCAUUAGAGGAGGCUCUAAAGCGCGUGGCGUACGGACUCGCAAAGAACCCUUCCGUAGAAUUGUCGUAUAUGUUUCUGUAUGUCUACAACGUUUUAAACUCGAGUCUUGAAAGCUUGCGGCCACUUUCUGCGAAAGAAAUUAAACUUAACGCGACUGAUGGUUGCAAUACGGCAUUUGUGACGUCUUGGCUAGUGUCGGAGAAAAGUGCUGCUGCCACAAAAUUACUGGCCAAGCGGACUAGUGCACGGGAGACAUCGCACAUCAUGGUGCAGCAGCAAAUGACUGGUUUCGAUAAGAUGCGCCAACAACAGCAAAAUAAAACGAAACAGCAGAAGCGUGAGGCGAUCGCCACCCUCGUGGCCGAGAGCACGACUCAUAUUCGGGAGCUACUUAGUUACGGCAUUUUCUUAAUGUUUUCAUUUCUUCGCAAAAGCGGCAAUUUGAAGGAUCAAAAUGUCGAAAACGAUACAUCUGUCAAUGUUCCAGCUCAACUCAUCGAUCCACUGGUGCCGCUUCUUUUGCGAUGUACAGGCGAAUCGAAAAACGACCGCGCUGUUAUUAAUGCCUUAAAGUGCCUAAGCUCGCUGCUUCCCCGUGUGGAGGAACUUCCUGCUCUACAAAUAGCCCGAAGUCCGCUUCUUGAUCGCAUUUUCACAAUUUUGCAACAGGCUGGAGCUGCAACACGCAACGAAAUGGUGCAGACCUGUUACCGCACGCUGACGGCGCUUCUCCGACAGCAGCAGAGACUAGAAUUGGUAGAAAAAGGAUCCGCUGCCAAAAAAUCCAAAGCAGACAAUUUACGCCUUACGGAGCCUCAGCUCCGUGUGCUCUUGAGCUUCUUGCGCGCCGAUCUGGACGAGCAGGACCAUCAAAAUGCCACAUUUGCUCUUCUUAAAGCCAUUGUCAACUCGCAUCUGGUAGUGAGCGAAGUGUACGAUGUGAUGCUACGUGUCGGGGAGCUUUUGGUGCAGAGCGAUUCUCCUAGUGCGCGUCUGAAUUGUGCGACAAUUUAUCAGACAUUUUUAUUGGAGUAUCCACUUGGAGCAAAACGCUUGUCUCGCCAUUUCAAGUUUUUGGUGGAUAAUUUAAAUUACGGACAUACCUCCGGGCGUUCUGCUGUGCUUGAGGCUAUACGUUCGUUAUUAGUGAAGAUUCCAAAAGAUCUAGUUAACGAGCGUUCGCAGUAUUUUUUCUUACCACUAGUGUUGCGUCUGGCCAACGAUGAGACUUCCGAGUGCCGAGAUCUCGCACGUACUGCUCUUACUACUUUAGUGCGCCGGCUAGGUAACAAGGAAUUGAACGAGAGCAUUAUGUUGGUCGGGAAGUGGUGGAAGCAAGCUUCGAACUCGGAUGGCGCUGAAGCCGUGAAACUGCUAGGAGCUGCAGCGCAGGUUACGACACUUGUCCUGGAGACCCGACCCGAAUUUUUUGAGCGAAGUGCCUUUCAAGUGUUGCAUGCUGCUCGUUCAGCGCUUGAGCGUCUUCAGCGUGAGCUUCAAACCGUGAAAGAAAGUAAUCAGGUGCGAUGGCAGCCGACUUAUCACGUUUGCGUGACACUUAUUGCGUUCAGUGAGCAUCUUGCUGGGCCGUAUGAGCUAUGGCUCGAAACAGCGAAGCCGUCAGAGAAUUUUCUGGAUGCUGUUGUGCUGCCAUUGCUGCAGUACCCUCAUGCGUGGGUGCGUCUUAGCAUUACACGUUUACUAACGUCGUAUCUACGUCGACGCCAAAGUAGUACGCUUGGAUAUGCGGUUCCUGUCAAGCGCUUGUCGAAGGAUGAUCUCCAGCGUCUGCAAAACGGAGCACUGUAUCUACAGCGUCCCGGACGUCUAUUUACUUGGGCAAGUUCACUUUGCAAACUCCUAGAAGCAUCGUCACUUAACGAGGAGCUGGUCAACGAGAUAAUUACUGCAUUGCUGUUUCUGGCUGAGGCGCUUGAGAUUACAAAUAUUCCACAAGACGUGACUGCUGCGGCUGUUGCGGCUCUAAACAAUGUCAAUGAACUUGUUGAUGGCGAAUUUACAGCUAACAAUAUUGAUGAUGGUGAUAAGACGACUGGUGAGAAACAAAAUGCUGAAACGCAACUGCGAGAAAGCCAGAAAAAGAGUGACGAGCAGAAAAAAUCAUCGACACCUAUGGUGUGGCUGCUCACCCGGCUGUCAUUUUCGGCCCGUGAUUCAAAUUGUACAAACGAGGUUCAGAAGAUAGUGUUUAAGCUGUUUGCUGCUCUGCUACACAAUCACGACGCUACGUUUGCCCAAAGGUAUGUCUUGCAGAUAAUAAACCCACUGUAUCGCGCAACCAGUACAUUAGACAUGCUUCGGGCUCAGCAGGAGCAAGCAAUACUUCAAAGAGAACAAACUCGACAUAAGAAGCGGAGAAGCGGCCCCACACCACAGCCAGUAGCUCCACCUGAGAGCGCGCUUUUGGCUCAAGAAGUGAUGCAUCUUCUCGAGAAAAAAUUGGGAGCUAAAUCGUUCUUGGAGGCAUACUCACUCGUACAACGAAAGAUGGCAGCACGCCGUGCUGUGCGAAAGUUGCAGCUUCAAACUGAAGCAGUGUCUAAUCCGCAACGGGCUGCUCAGCGGCGGAUUCAGAAGAAUGAGCAGAAACGUCAAUCGAAGCAAAUGCGAAAGCGCAAAUACGCUGUGCUGAAGGGCUCGACGUCUGCAGCAGUGCGACCAACGAAGGUACUUCGUCCAGGUGCCGAGUAG